GUAUGAAGACGAAGCUCUUGAACGCGAUGCUGCAUCGAGGAAAAAGAAGACUUUCUCCGAGAUGAUGCAGGAGAGGUCAGAGAAAGGCAGGAAGAGCAAAACCUCGUUUGACCUGAGUUUGUACACCGACGAGACGGGUGAGACGUACGAGGAUGACGACGACGACGGUUCCGACAAAUACAACGGGAACCAUCGCAUGGAUCGACGACAGGGGGAAUAUGACGAUGACGACGACAAAGCUGGGGACAGCAGUGGAUCCGCUUGCGAGAAUUCGGAAAACGAACCGGAAGUGCGCGACGAUGACGCGGACGGAGAAGAGUCGCGCGUUUUUUACAAUCACGACAAUUACUCGGGCGUCAUUAGCGGCAAUGGCUCGUCGGAUCGCGGCGAUCUUGUGGGAGCCUCGAGUGCAGUGGCUCUUAUGAGCAAAUCAGUGAACGACUUGACGAUUGAGCCCACGACUGACGACGACUCGGGCUUUGGCUCGUCUUUGUCGAAAGCCCCGUCCACCCCUCAUGUUUGGUCUGUCGACAAACCG